AUGAAGGCUGUUACAAUUGCCGCUGCUGGUGCAGCGGUCGUCACCACCGUUUCUGCCGCGAGCCAUGUCAAGCACAUGCACGCGAAACUACACGCCAAUGUCGCACGCGACACCUGGGUCGACUGGAAUGCGACCGCUUCUACUUCUGCCACGCCUGUAGAUGGGGAGACAAAGACCACCACCACCAAGGCUCCGGUCAAGGCUGCUACCACUUCCACUAGCUCUUCAACCUCAUUCCUCUGGGAGGAUUGGACUUCUACCUCCCUUGCGGUUGAUCCCGCAAAGACCUCGAGCACCACUUCUAGCACGACCACCUUUGCUGAGACUUGGGCGGACUGGACCACCACUUCGUCCCUUCCGGUUGAUCCUGCCACCACCAGCACCGAGACCUGGGGUGACUGGUCAACUUCUUCCCCAGUGGAUCCAGCUUCCACUUCAAGCACCGAGGAGUAUACCUGGGCAGAUUGGACCACCAGUGAUCCUGUCGAUCCUGCCUCUACCGCCACCGAGACCUGGGGCGACUGGUCAACGAGCGAGCCAGUUGAUCCUACCGCAACCGCCAGCGAGACUUGGAGCGAUUGGUCGAGCGUUGAAGAAACCACCACUGUCACAUUGGCCUCGACUGUUACGGAGACCAAAUAUGUCGAGCCCGUCAGCGCUGCCUCGACGGACUCCAGUACCUGGACUGACUGGACUUCAACUUCCUCCACAACCUCAUCGGUUGCGGCCGUUGCUGCGGCCACCACCUCGACCACCUCGAGCUGGGCUUUCCCCUCGGCGCCGGUCGCAGCCGACAGUUGCGCAAUCUCCAUCAUUACUUCUUAUGGCCUACCAACCUGGUAUCCCACACCUGUCCUGGCCGUGAACACAUCUAGCAGCAGUACUUCCAGCGCCGCAUGGGCUGAUUGGACCACGUCAACGUCCAGCACGCCCGCCGCUGCCGCCGUCACCACCAGCAGCACAUCUUCCUAUGUAAGCUGGGUCGACUGGACCACGACUUCGUCCUUUCCGGUUGAUCCAGCCACCACCAGCACCGAGACCUGGGGUGACUGGGUUUCGUCUGCAUCCGACAGCGCAGUGGUUGUCGUCAGCUCCAGCGAGACGGCCCCUGGCUGGGCACCUGCCUCAGGAACCGCGUCUGUGUCUGUGAGCGGAGGGGCCAGCUCUGCCUGGGCGGGCGCUUCUUCGACACCUAGCAGUGGAUCGAGCAGCGGAUCGAGUGGUAGCUCUGGAAUCUCAUCUAAUGGUGAUUUGUGGGGCAUGACUUAUUCCCCAUACACUGCUUCGGGGGGCUGCAAGGACGCUGGCACAAUUGCCUCCGACAUGGCUGUCAUUGCACAGAAAGGAUUCCCCUCUGUCCGUGUCUAUAGCACCGACUGCAGCACGCUCGAAAACAUUGGUGGCUCUGCCCGUGACAAUGGACUCAAGCUUAUUUUGGGUGUCUGGAUUUCGUCGACAGGCAUCUCCGGCGCUCAAGGGCAGGUCCAUGACAUCGUCGCUUGGGCACAGUGGGACAUUGUCGAACUCGUCGUGGUCGGUAACGAGGCUGUCUUCAAUGGCUAUUGCUCCGCUAGCGAGCUUGCUGGCUUCAUCUCCAGCAGCGCGAGUGCUUUCAAGGCCGCUGGCUACACUGGCGCCAUCACCACGACCGAGCCUUUGUCGGUAUGGCAAGAUACUAGCAGUGCCUCAGCGUUCUGCAGCGUUGUUGAUAUCGUCGGUGCCAACCUGUACGCCUUCUUCAACGCCGAUGUGACGGCCGAUAAGGCCGGCAGCUUCAUCCAGUCCGAGAUCGACAUCUUGAAUUCGGUCUGCUCGGGCAAGGCUGUCUAUGUUCUCGAAUCUGGCUGGCCUCAUGCCGGUAACUGCAAUGGUUUGGCUUGCCCUAGCCCUGAAAAUCAAGCCACUGCCCUGAAAGGUAUUCAGGCGACCGCAGGUGCUCAAGUCGUCUUCUUGAGCUAUGAGGACGAACCAUGGAAGGAUCCUGGACAAUUCGACGUGGAGCAAUACUGGGGCUGUGUAAAUGUGUUCUAA